CCUCCACCACACACGCACAUUCUCCCAGCACAGCCAAACUCUGCUUCCCAUCACCAUGUCCAACCCCCGUGUUUUCUUCGACAUCACCAUCAACAACCAGCCUGCGGGCCGGAUUGUCAUGGAGCUCUUUGCCGACAAGGUCCCCAAGACGGCUGAGAACUUCCGCGCCCUCUGCACUGGUGAGAAGGGCGUUGGCAAGUCCGGAAAGCCCCUCCACUACAAGGGCUCUUCCUUCCACCGCGUCAUCCCCCAGUUCAUGCUCCAGGGUGGUGACUUCACCCGCGGCAACGGCACCGGUGGUGAGAGCAUCUACGGCGAGAAGUUCGAGGACGAGAACUUUGAGCUCAGGCACACCGGCCCCGGUAUCCUCUCCAUGGCCAAUGCUGGUCCCGGUACCAACGGCAGCCAGUUCUUCAUCUGCACUGUCAAGACGUCAUGGCUGGACGGCAAGCACGUCGUUUUCGGCCAGGUUGUCGAGGGCAUGGACGUUGUCCAGGCUGUUGAGAGGCAAGGCUCUGGCUCGGGCAAGACGAAUGCCCCCAUUACCAUUGCGAACAGCGGUCAGCUGUAAAUGUUUGUCUUGACUGCCAAGCCCCGCCCCGAGUAACGCGAACGGAUCAACGAUGACGACGAUUCACGACAUGAUCAAAAAAAGACUCGUUGCAUGGAGGAAUGAGGAGCAGCACGGGUCGCUCGUAGUACCAAGUAGGGAAAUGAUGUAGACUGUUGCGCAUU